AUGCUGGGAGGCUGUGGACCACCGAGGCCGUGCUGGUGGCCCGUGGUGGUGCGGGUGCUGGUGGUGCAGGCGGUGUGGGCGGUGGUGGUGGGGCAGGUGCGGUACUCGGUGCCGGAGGAAGCCAAGGCCGGGACGGUGGUGGGGCGGCUGGCGCAGGACGUGGGCCUGGAGGCGGGCGAGGCGGAGGCGCGGCGGCUGCGGCUGGUGGCGCAGGGCCGGCGGGCGAGCGUGGAGGUGAGCGGGGCGAGCGGGGCGCUGGUGGUGAGCUCGCGGCUGGACCGGGAGGAGCUGUGCGGGAAGAGCGCGCCGUGCGCCCUGCGGCUGGAGGUGCUGGUGGAGCGGCCGCUGCGCGUCUUCCACGUGGAGCUGGAGGUCACCGACAUCAACGACAACGCCCCGCUCUUCCCCGCCGCCCGAAAAAACCUGAGUAUACCAGAGAACUCCCCUGCCGGGUCUCGGUUCCCGCUGGAGGGCGCGUCGGACGCGGAUAUCGGCUCUAACGCGCAGCUCUCCUACACGCUCAGCCCCAGCGAGCAUUUUCGUUUGGAUUUACAAAAAUCGAACGAGAGAAAUCCUAUACCUGAUCUGGUAUUAACGAAAGCUCUGGACCGUGAGACGCUUCCCGUGCACCGUGUGGUGGUGACGGCGAGUGACGGGGGCCGGCCGUCUCUGUCGGGCACGAUGGAGCUGGUGAUCUCGGUGCUGGAUGCAAAUGACAACGCGCCCCAGUUCAACCAGUCGGUGUAUAAAGUGCAGCUGCCGGAGAGCGCUGCAGAGGGGACACUGGUGGUGCGGGUGAACGCCACGGAUCCGGACAUAGGAAUCAACAGUGAAGUGACCUACACGGCGACAAGUUUCCUUCCCAUUAGUGGAAGAGAGGUGAUUGCUGUCAAUCCGAGGACGGGUGAGAUUCGUCUGACAGGCGCCCUGGACUUUGAAGAAGUCCGCGUGUUUGAUUUUCGUAUUGAAGCGAGAGACCAAGGCACCCCUCCGCUGUCGGGUCACUGCAGCGUGGAGCUGGAGGUGCUGGACGUGAACGACAACGCGCCCGAGGUGCGGGUGACGUCGCUGUCGGUGCCGGUGUCCGAGGACGCGUCGGUGGGGACGGUGGUGGCCGUGCUGAGCGUGUGGGACCGGGACUCGGGGGCGAACGGGCUUGUGUCGUGCGCGGUGUGGCCGGCGUCGCCGUUCGGUCUGGUGGCGACGUUCGCGGGGUCGUACUCGCUGGUGCUGCGGGAGGCGCUGGACCGAGAGCGGGUGUCGGAGUACGAGGUGGAGGUGCGUGCGGAGACGGCGGGGCGCCGGCGCUGGUUGGCAGGCUGGGGGCUGCGGGUGCCGGUGUCGGACGUGAACGACAACGCGCCGGCGUUCGCGCAGGCGGUGUACACGGUGCUGGCGCGGGAGAACAACGCGGCGGGCGCGGAGCUGGCGCGGCUGUGGGCGCGGGACCCGGACGAGGCGGGCAACGGGCGCGUGAGCUACUCGGUGUGGGAGGGCUCGGGCGGGGGGUGGCGGUCGGCGUCGAGCUACGUGUCGGUGGACGCGGAGAGCGGGCGUCUGUGGGCGCUGCAGGCGCUGGACUACGAGGAGGUGCAGGUGCUGGAGUUCGAGGUGCGGGCGGUGGACGCGGGGGAGCCGCCGCUGUGCGGCAACGCGACGGUGCAGCUGUUCGUGGUGGACGAGAACGACAACGCGCCGGCGCUGCUGCCGGCCGCGGGCGACGGCGCGUGGGGCGAGGCGGCGCCGGAGGCGGCGUCGGGGCCGGUGCCGGUGGCGGGGGCGUUGUUGUGGGCGUGGGCGGCGUGGGGGGCGCCGGCGGGGCAGGUGGUGGCGAAGAUCCGCGCGGUGGACGCGGACUCGGGCUACAACGCGUGGCUGCGCGGCGAGGUGAGCACGGCGCGGGCGCUGGAGGAGGCGGACGGCCCGCGGCAGAGGCUGGUGAUCGUGGUGCGGGACCACGGGGAGCCGGCGCGCUCGGCCACGGCCACGCUGAGCGUGUCGCUGGUGGAGGGCGCCGAGGCGGCGGCGGCGGCGGGGUCGUCGCUGUCGUCGGGGUUGGGGUCGGGGCGGGGUCCGUUGUCGGUGGCGGAGGGCGGCGCGGCUUUGUCGUGGUCGUCGGUGACGAACGUGUGGCUGGUGGUGGCCAUCUGCGCGGUGUCGAGCGUGUUGGUGCUGGCGGUGGUGCUGUACGGGGCGUCGCGGUGUGCGCCGCGGGCGGGCGUGGUGUCGGGGCCCGGUGCGGCGACGCUGGUGUGCGCCAGCGAAGUGGGGAGCUGGUCGUACUCGCAGCGCCAGAGCCGGAGCCUGUGCGUGGCGGAGGGCGCGGGCAAGAGCGACCUGAUGGUUUUCAGCCCCAACUUCCCGCCGCCGCCGCCCGGCCCCGCGGCGAAGGAGACGCAGCCGGAGGCGCCCGCUCUGCUGGACACGCAUGACAUCACUGUCGUUGCCAUUUAG